GAUUAACAAAGGCACACUACCUGCAUUGGAGGUUACGCCUGGUACAAUGCCGACCUCCCCCCAGUAGGCUUCUCGUUAUCGUGGAUGACUCUUUGUGGCUUUCUUUUUUUGCUGUAUAUAAUCUUGGCCGAAUCUCCUUCCAAGACUUUUCAAAUUUCUUAGCAUUAUGUCUACUAGCUCUAUUAACGAAAAGGUGCAAGAACCUGCUGUCGAAAAACAACUCUCGGCAUCCCAAGCGGAACAAUCUUCUUCCGAUGAAGGCUGGGUCGAAGAUGAGGGUAGAGCCCCCACCGACCUCGAAUUGAAGACCUUGAGACACGUCUCGGAAAAGAUUCCUCUUUCCUGUUGGUUGGUCGCCAUCGUCGAGUUGGCAGAAAGAUUCUCUUACUACGGUUUGAGUGCUCCUUUCCAAAACUACAUGCAAAACGCCCCAGAUGAUGUUCCUGCCGGUGUUUUGAACUUGAAGAACCAGGGUGCUACCGCUUUGUCCUACUUCUUCCAGUUCUGGUGUUACGUCACUCCUAUCUUUGGUGGUUGGGUUGCUGAUACUUACUGGGGUAAGUACAAGACUAUUUUCGUUUUCUGUGUCAUCUACAUCAUUGGUAUCUUUAUCUUGUUCAUCACCUCUCUCCCAUCCAUCACUUCUCACAGCACUGCUUUGGGUGGUUAUGUUGUCUCCAUCAUUAUCAUCGGUAUUGCCACUGGUGGCGUCAAGUCCAAUGUCUCCCCAUUGAUUGCUGAUCAAAUUCCAAAGACCAGACCUGUCAUCAAGGUGUUGAAGUCUGGUGAAAGAGUUGUCCAAGAUCCAAACAUCACCAUUCAAAACGUUUUCAUGUUCUUCUACCUUAUGAUCAACAUCGGUUCCUUGUCCGUCAUUGCCACCACUGAAAUGGAAAAGAACAUCGGUUUCUGGGCUGCUUACCUUUUGCCAUUCUGUUUCUUCUUCAUUGCCCUUCUUGCCUUAGUUUUGGGUAGAAACCAAUACGUCAAGGUCCCAGUCGGUGACAAGGUCAUCAACAGAACCUUCCAAUGUGUCUGGGUCGCCAUGAAGAACAAGUUCGACCUUGAAUCCGCCAAGCCAUCUCUCCACCCAGAAAUGAACUUCCCAUGGACUGACAAGUUUGUUGAAGAAAUCAGAAGAGCCCUUUACGCUUGUAACGUCUUCAUUUUCUACCCAGUCUACUGGGUUGUCUACGGUCAAAUGUUGAACAACUUCGUUUCCCAAGCUGGUCAAAUGGAAUUGCACGGAUUGCCAAACGAUCUUUUGCAAGCUAUUGACUCCAUUGCUAUUAUCAUCUUCAUUCCUAUCUGUGAAAGACUCGUCUACCCAUUCAUCAGAAAGUUCACUCCAUUCAAGGCUAUCACCAAGAUCUUCUUCGGUUUCAUGUUCGGUGCUGCUGCCAUGGUUUACGCUGCUGUUCUUCAACACUACAUUUACGCUGCUGGUCCAUGUUACGAUGCUCCAAAGGCUUGUGCUCCAGAAUUCGCUACCGUUCCAAACCGUGUUCACGUUGCUAUUCAAGCUCCUGCUUACUUCUUGAUUGCCAUUUCUGAAAUUUUGGCUUCCAUUACCGGUUUGGAAUACGCUUACACCAAGGCUCCAGUCAGCAUGAAGUCCUUCGUCAUGUCUUUGUUCUUGGUCACCAACGCUUUCGGUUCUGCCAUUGGUAUUGCUUUGUCCUCUACCUCUGUCGAUCCAAAGUUAGUCUGGACCUACACUGGUUUGGCUGUUUCUUGUUUCCUCGGUGGUUGUUUGUUCUGGGUCAUCUUCCGUAAGUACAACGACGUUGAAGAAGAAUUGAACAAGUUGGAAUACGCUGAUGAAGAUGAAGUUGCCCAACCAAACACCAUGUACCCAGUCAUGUCUGCCCACUCUCACAAGAGUAUGGCUUAAGACUAUUAAAAACAGACGGAUCAUAUCCUUUUGAUUGCAUAUCUGUAUUUACCCUUCAGUUCGUUUCCUAAGAGGCCUGUUAUACAUAGACAUUUAUAUUGUGCUUCCUAAUUCUUAAUAAUGAUAAAAUUAACAUGUAGAGUAGC